GACCAGUCAGGAACAGCGAUAGGCCUAAAUUAAAGAUUACAUUUAUUAUAUUAGAAUAUUAUCAUAACAGUUUGUAGUUUGUUUCGGGUAAUUGCAGUGAAUGCUUUUGCUAAAACUAGGUUGUUUGCUCUUGUCCCACUGAUGCAACAUGAGUUCAACAGGAGGAGAAACAUCUAAAAUGAAUAGCUUUGUGAAGAAGGUGAAGAUGGGUAAACGAGUGGAAAAAAUGAUGAAAGAUAAAAGUGGUACGACAACAGGGCAGGAAAUUGCUGAUGAUGACCCAAAUAAAACACCAGAGCCUUACACCUGUACUGGUAUAUUUGAAGCUGAUUUCACAGAGUUCUGCCGUCGCAAUCACCUCAAAGACAACGAGAUACCUGCAGUCGUGAUUCGCCCCAAGCCCCCAGGUAUCCAGCCUCCACCAGAUGCCAAGUCUAAGGAUUCCAAAGAUAGUAAAGACGCAUCAAAAGAUCCCACACCAGAUGAAAGUCCAGAUACUGGCAGUCAGGAAGAUCCACCGCCAAAGACGUAUGUUACCAAAGAAAAGUAUGCUUAUUUCCGACCUGUUAUUCAAGUAGAGAUGGAGAAUGAUGAAAAGCCAAUAACAGUCACUGAAAUCUACAUCCGAGGCUGGAAGAUUGAUUUGUUGAUGGUAGGAAUAUUCAAGCAGUGCUGGCCAACCAUUGAAAAGCUCAGUGUUGUCAACCUUUGGAAUGUUAAUCUAAGUGAAGCUGUAAUCAAGGAAUUUGCCUCAUUUCUUCCCCAAUGUCCAAAUCUAAAGACUUUGGCUAUUGAUGGAACAAUAUGUGUAGAGGAAUCUUGGGCCCUGCUUAUUGGAGAAGAAAGCUUGUUGACAUCAUUAUCCCUACGAAAUAAUGGUAUAACCGACAAAGGUGCCGCUAUGAUAGGAAAGGCAUUGUCAACAGUCAAAACUUGCAAUAAGAACUUGAUAUCGCUUAACUUAAGUGGUAAUAAGAUAAGUGAUAUUGGCGCUACAUCCAUUGCACAAGGAUUGAGAAUGAACCGUGCUCUACUCUCCUUGUCGCUAGCAAAUAACAAUGUGUCCAAUGAGGGUGCUAAGAGGCUAGCAGAGGUCCUGUCCAGGUUCCCGCUGACGCAUGAAGAGGUAGUAGAGAGAAGGAAGCUUUUAAGUGAGAAAGGAUCUCCAGACCGAGGCCUGGUUAAGUCACCUCCACCUUCUAGGCGUGGUGACAACAGACCAGGAAGUGUCCGCAGUAGCAGUCACAUGGAUAAGACAGACAAAAAAAGGGAUAAAUCUUCAAAGAAGAAGCAGGAUGGUAAGAAAGGUGAAAAAGAAAAGGAGGAUACCCGUUCAAUUCGAUCAUCAGCGGAGGGGUGCAAAAGUGAAAAGGAUCAUGGAAAAUCAAACAAAAUCCCCAUGGAUGGAAAGAAGGACAAAGAUGAUGCAACAAAAGGUGGAUCAAAGAAAGAUGACAAGUGGAAGAAAGGCUUCAUGAAGGCUUCAAUAGCUGGUGGAAGCCGAACUUCUGUAGUGCCUCCAACUUCACAGCCGAUUUCAAAUGCAUCUAUUGUAGCUGACACAAUGACCAAGACCAAAGGGAAGAAGACAUCAUCCAAGGACAAGAGGUUACCAGAGUCGGAUUCUCCUGAGAUGGUGGAAGCCAUCAACCCUCUCUUGGAACAAGUAGAAAACAUGGAUAACCAAUUGUGGAUUCCGGGGAAUCGAUGUAUGAUCAACCUCAACUUAUCUCGUAAUAAUAUAACUGAGAUCGGAAUGAAGAGUUUGUUAUUGGCUGUACAAUACCAGAUAACGUUAUUAAACCUGACACCAAGUCCAGCUCUAAAAGGAAUCUUGCGAAUGUCGCUAAAUGGUAAUGCUGUCAAAAAGACCGAUGAAACGUUUAUGAAAUUACAGGAGGUACUGCUUACUAGAGAUCCUUACUACAAACCACCUGAGAAAGGUGAAGAUAAUCAGUCACUGGCUGGUUAAGCCAGAUUGGUAUAUGUUCAUAGGAUAUGAAUAUUCAUGAGAGGAAAGGUCACAGCUCAGCUCCUAAUCUGAGGAAAAUCACAAGUUUUCUGCCCUCUAGGAUUGACAAUAACUUUGCACACCAACUGCAGUCUACAGUUUGCAUUUAAAUGUAUUUUUAUGUCUAACUAUAUUUAGUAAAGACUGAUUGGCCAACUUGCCGAAUGACUACCAGAGUGAUGUAAUUCAUUUGUUUCAUUGGGCAAUAUAUGUUUAAAUAUUCUUCCUUAUUGUUUCACUCCAGUUCAGUACAUAUUUCAGCUAAUUAUAGUCUUUAAAUCUGGGUGCAUGGUUGCUUAAUAAACUUAUUAAGACUAUAUUUGACCAAAUGUAGUUAUUCUUUUGUUGAUGAAACAAAUAACAGCUCACAAGCUGUUAAGUGACAAUGCAGUGUGCACUAGAAAUUCUUAAAUGUUACUUAUAGUAAAGAUAAUUGUAUUUUCAUGUAUAUUUACUGAGUAAUUGUACAUAAAAAGUGUGAUAUGCAUAUAUUUUUAAGGUUUGAAAUCCUGUACAAUAAGUGCACUAGACAUUUUGAAAAUGGAGAAAAUAAAACAGUCCAAAUGUGUA